GUUCAGUUACAUUAAGACCGUAAAAAUUGGGGAAGCUGGCUUGAAGGUCAAGACAAAUCUCAAUACAAAACUCUGUUUUCUACCUGGACGAAAAGAAUACUGCAAAAACUCUAUUCUGCUGCAACAGCAAUGGCGUUUCGUAGUGCUUUACGGAGCAUGAGCUCUUCAUCAGUUCUGUUCAACUUCCUCAACAGUGCUCCUUCUUAUCGAGGACUUACUGGUUCGUUUGCUUUGUCAACUUCUCGUUUCUUAAGCUACGCGGGUAGUGUUCCCGUUGUGCAUUCCAAUGAAGAAAGCUUUACGAUCAAUGCCUGUGGAGGUACCUUUGUCCGAUCUGAGCAGUUCCCUAUUCAACGCGGUGUAUGUGAUAUAUACAUGGAAAACCCGUUUCAAAUUUCUGGACCCCGAGGGGCAUACGAGGCGAAGAAUAUGGAAGAGGGAAUGUACGUGAGAAUGGAAAUGCCGGGUAUAGAUAAAGAAGAUGUGAAGGUGUUGAUUGUAUAUGGGAAUAUCACCAUAAAGGGUGAAGGAAAGAAGGAAUCUACGCAUGAGGACAGCGGGAGAACCUACAGUGCCAACAUUGAGAUCAGUUCGGAUUCGUAUCAGCCUCAGUUUGUGCAAGUAAAUAUGAAGAAUGGUGUUCUUAGGAUGCUAAUCCCCAAGUUUAAGAAUCCUCAGGAGGUGACUGGCUCUCAUGAGAUAAAAGUUAAGUAAGUUUGCUUUGGAAUAUCAUGUCAUUGAUCUCAUUAGGUGAAAUAGUGAACUAUAGAUUUGCACAAGAUUAUCGAAUUACUUGUGUACAGAUAUCUCCUUAGAUGUUUCGUUGGAAAAAUAAAGCGAUGUCGACUCAUCAUGAAUUUUGAGCAAGUCUAUGGAUUUUAUGAUAUCAAUUGCUCUUUUAGCUUGAUUUUUGACGUGCUAAUUAGAAUUCCCAUGAGUAUUGUGAUGUUAUAUGCUAUUGAUUAUGUUGUUUUGGAAUUUUCUGUCAUCUAGCAUUUUUGAGUAUUUGAGGUACGCAG